GAUACAGAAAACAUGGAUGAAGAUACAAAAAAAAUACUACAGAAGUAUAAUCACUGUCAUGUGAAAAUCUACACUUUUAAUCAAAGCAGGUACCUGAGGAUUAAUAAAGAAUCUUUACUACCUAAAGCAAAGAAUGUAUCGUUCUCAGGGGAAAAUACAGAAGCCUGGUACCCUCCGAGUCAUGGAGAUAUUUACGCCAGUUUCUACAACUCUGGUUUCCUCGAUACCUUUAUAGGAGAAGGCAAAGAGUAUAUUUUUGUGUCCAACAUAGAUAAUCUGGGUGCCAAAGUGGAUCUUUAUAUUCUUAAUCAUCUAACGAAACCACCCAAUGGAAAACCUUGUGAAUUUGUCAUGGAAGUCACAAAUAAAACACGUGCAGAUGUAAAGGGUGGGACACUCACUCAGUAUGAAGGCAAAUUGAGACUGGUGGAAAUUGCUCAAGUGCCAAAAGCACAUGUUAAUGAGUUCAAAUCUGUAUUAAAAUUCAAAAUAUGUAAUACAAACAACCUAUGGAUCUCUCUGGCAGCAGUUAAAAGACUGCAGGAGCAGAAUGCUAUUGACAUGGAAAUCAUUGUAAAUCCAAAGACUUUGGAUGGAGGCCUGAAUGUCAUUCAGUUGGAAACUGCAGUAGAGGCUGCCAUUAAAAGUUCUGAGAACUCUCUAGGUAUUAAUGUUCCUAGGAGCCGUUUUCUGCCUGUCAAAACCACAUCAGAUCUCUUGCUUGUGAUGUCAAACCUUUAUGGCCUUAAUGCAGGAUCUCUGACAAUGAGUGAAAAGUUGGAAUUUCCUACAGUGCCCUUGGUUAAAUUAGGCAGUCCUUUUAUGAAGGUUCAGGAUUAUCUAAGGAGAUUUGAAAGUAUACCAGAUAUGCUUGAAUUGGAUCACCUCACAGUUUCAGGAGAUGUAACAUUUGGCAAGAAUGUUUCAUUAAAGGGAACGGUUAUCAUUAUCGCAAAUCAUGGUGACCGAAUUGACAUCCCACCUGGAGCAGUAUUAGAGAACAAGAUUGUAUCUGGGAACCUUCGUAUCUUGGACCAAUGAAUGAAAAAUGUUGUGCACACUUUAUACUAAUUAUGGGUUAAACAGUUUCUUACAAUGAAAUGUUCUCUAGGAUU